AAUACCAACAAUACCACACAAGAAGAAGAUAUAUGAAAACACACGAAGCUAAUCCCGCAUCUGCUGCAUAAAUGUUCAAUAACGUUCGAGACACGCAGCUUAUAAUAUUAAUCAAAGUACUUCUUUAACAAGCGUUUGUGUUUGGAUGCCGUGACAUUUGUUUUCACGACGAGCAAACUGAAGCAGGAGGAAGGAGAAAGUAACGCUGGAGUAAUGUCUGCCAAAACAAAUGCACAUAAGAGCAAGGAUAGCGGUGAACUCAUUAAAAACCACCACAAGCAGGCGUUCGAGUAUAUAUCGAAGGCGCUAAAGAUCGAUGAGGAUGAUGCAGGAGAAAAGAAGGAAGCUGUUCAGUGGUACAAGAAGGGAAUAGCUGAGCUGCAGAGAGGAAUUGCGGUGGAGAUCACGGGGACAGCAGGAGAUCACUAUGAACGAGCGAAGAGACUACGAGAUAAAAUGGAAGCCAACCUCACAAUGGCUAAAGACAGGCUUGCUUUGUUAGAGGCCACACUGGAAUCGAAGAGCAAAACUCCUCAUGGUUCGAACUCAAAUCUGGCCAAUCCACAGCCAAAGUCUAAAACACAGCCUCCUGGGUCCUCCACCACCAGGCCUUCUGCUUCUGCCAGACCCCCAACAAGACCCACUGAACCAAAGGUGACCCCUCGGAUGGGGAGAGACCAGAAUGGAAAGCCUCCUGCUGUGAAACGGCCUCCAAAGAAAGAUAUGAAAAACUUCAAGAAUGUAGACAGUAAACUGGCCAACUUAAUUCUGAAUGAAAUAGUUGACAGGGGGGCUUCUGUAUCCUUUGAAGAUAUCGCCGGACAGAAUUUGGCGAAGCAAGCACUCCAAGAAAUUGUCAUCCUUCCCUCUUUAAGACCCGAGCUGUUUACUGGACUGAGGGCACCUGCACGUGGUUUGCUUUUAUUUGGCCCACCUGGAAAUGGGAAAACCAUGCUGGCCAAAGCAGUCGCUGCAGAGUCUAAUGCCACAUUCUUUAACAUUAGUGCUGCUAGUCUGACUUCUAAAUGGGUUGGAGAAGGUGAGAAGCUAGUCAGAGCCUUAUUUGCUGUUGCAAGAGAACUGGAGCCUUCCGUCAUCUUUAUUGAUGAGGUGGACAGCUUGCUCUGUGAGAGGAGGGAGGGGGAACAUGAUGCCUCCCGUCGUUUAAAAACAGAGUUUCUCAUCGAGUUUGACGGGGUGCAGUCAGCCGGAGAUGAGAGGGUUCUUGUGAUGGGAGCAACUAACAGACCUCAGGAGCUUGAUGAAGCAGCCUUAAGGCGCUUUGCAAAAAGGGUUUAUGUGUCGUUGCCUGAUGAAAAGACACGAUGCACGUUGCUUAAAAACCUUCUAGGAAAACAUGGGAAUCCGCUAAACGAUAGGGAAAUUUCCCAGCUUGGAAAAGUGACAGCAGGAUAUUCAGGAAGCGACCUGACAUCAUUGGCCAAAGACGCAGCACUUGGACCCAUUAGAGAGUUGGGACCUGAACACGUCCGCAACAUGUCUGCUAGUGAGAUGCGCAACAUCAAGAUGAAAGACUUUGAAGAAUCGCUGAAGCGCAUCAAGCCCUCUGUUAGUCCAGCAACCUUGAAUAUGUACAGCAAGUGGAACAAAGAUUAUGGCGACACAUCGGCUUUUUGAACCCGAUGAAACAACAGUUGUCUCCUUCCAUGUUUGCAUGGAUGAAAAUGGCGGGGCGCUCUGUUGGAGCAUUAUGGGAUGACUUCCUGUUCUGUGGAAAUGCUUUCCUACUACUGUUCUUAAAAGUGUAUUUAGUUACACUCCUUAUGCACUGUUUGAUCGUUAUUUAUAAUAUUAAGCAGAGUUUGAAAUGAUGACUCUCAUCCCUGGGG